UCAAAUCUGUAUCCUCUCUCGCGGAGCUUCACAUGGAUGCCUUCUCCCUUCGUCACCUUCGCCUCCAUGCAUCACAGACUGCAGCCGCCCCUUCGAUCCGUGAGAGAUCGGCUGCCAUCAUGGGGGAGUGGUCCUUCCUAUCGGAGUUGUUGGACAAGGUCGAAUCACACUCGACUGUAUUUGGCAAGGUCUGGAUGAGUGUUCUUUUCAUUUUCAGAAUCUUCAUUCUCGCCGCUGGCGUGGAUACAAUAUGGGGAGAUGAACAAGCCAACAUGGACUGCAACACCAGAAGCCCCGGCUGCAAAAAUGCCUGCUAUGAUGCGUCCUUCCCCAUAUCUCAUACACGCUUCUGGGUUCUCCAGAUCCUCACUGUCUCAACACCUACUUUCAUCUAUCUGGGUCACGUCCUGCUUGUUAUUCGCAAAGAGAAUAAGCUCAGGAGACACCUGGAGCAAAAGCGGGACUCAAAUCGGAUAAUCAAAUCUCCUAAAUAUUCUGAUGAACAUGGCAAGGUGAAGCUGAAAGGCUUUUUGUUGGUCAGCUAUAUGAUGCAGCUUCUGUUCAAGAUCUUGCUGGAAGUGGCCUUCAUUGUGGGUCAAUACUUUAUCUACGGCUUCAUUCUCAUGCCUGAUAAGAUUACGUUCCAAGGCGGAAGCUGUCAGACUGACACAAACUGCUUCAUCAGUCGUCCGGCAGAAAAAACUGUGUUCAUCAUCUUCAUGUUGGCGAUGGCCGUCCUCUCCGUGGCGCUCAACAUUGCUGAAAUGUUGCAUCUGAUGACUUCAAAGAUGUGCCGGAGGAAAAGGAGGAGCAUUGGUUUAAAUCUUACCGACUAAAUUUGCCAAGUUAACAAUAAGGCGGGUCAAAAAGCCACAAAUAGAAUUUCAGUUGGUUGUUUUUCAUUGGAUGCAAUUUUUUUCUUUCCUUUUAAAUACAACAGAAAACAUGAAAAGUACAAAACAACGGGACCAAAAAAGUUCACUAUAUCGUUUAAGGACCCAUAUUUUGGUAUUUUAGCCACGUCGUGCAAGACAUGGAUGGAUGGAUGGAUGAAGGUUACGGUAUGCUUGAUUCACUUCUGACUUUUCAGAGAAGCCCAGUAAGGCAGCUCAAAUUUGAUUGAAUUCACUUUGAGUUGACUCAGUCCUGCUCAAAAUGGUGAAAUGUGGGCGGCUGACUGAAAAUGAAAGGUCCUCAUUAAAGCAUUUCAUGAGGCUGAUUGGUCUCUGUGACAGAAAUGACAGGUGGUGUAAUUUGUUAAGCACUAUACAUUUUAACAUUUGAUGUUCUCAUACUUGUUCAAAUUAACACUGAUGAUGAUUUUGUAAGUGCAUUCAAUACAAUGAUUUGUAAAUCAUGUUGAACCUAUAUUUAAUUGAGCACACUAUAAAGACAAGUUAUUUCAUGUUCAAACCGAUGAACUUUAUUGUUUUUAGCAAAUAAUCAUCAACUUGGAAUUUUAUGACUGCAACACGUUCCAAAAAAAGCUGGGGGUAACUUACACAUCUGUGAAGGCACCAUUCAUGCUGAAAGGUACAUACAGGUUUGGGAGAAACAUGUGCUGCCAUCCAAGCAACGUCUUUUUCAUGGACGCCCCUGCUUAUUUCACCAAGACAAUGACAAACCACAUUCUGCACGUGUUACAACAGCGUGGCUUUGUAGUAAAAGAGUGCGGGUACUAGACUGGCCUGCCUGCAGUCCAGACCUGUCUCCCAUUGAAAAUGUGUGGCGCAUUAUGAAGCGGAAAACACGACAACGGAGACCCCGGACUGUUGAACAGCCGAAGCUGUACAUCAAGCAAGAAUGGGAGAGAAUUCCACCUACAAAGCUUUAACAGUUACUGUCCUCAGUUCCCAAACGUUUAUUGAAUGUUGUUCAAAGAAAAGGUGAUGUAACACAGUGGUAAACAUGAGCCUGUCCCAGUUUUUUUGGAACGUGUUUUUUUUUAAAAUUCUAAGUUAAUGAUUAUUUGCUAAAACAGUUUGAACAUUAAAUAUCUUGUCUUUGUAGUGUAUUCAAUUAAAUAUAGGUUGAACAUGA